AUGAGUCAGCCUCAGGACCCUUCCGAGGGCGGUGCCCAUUCUCAGGGAGGUACGGACGACGGCUUCGGUAGCUACUCGGCGCGAGCCGAAGCGCAGAAGCGGCGUCGUUCAGGUCAAGUCGCUGGCAGGCCCGUCAUACCCAAUCGGCGGCGCACCCAGAACAUGGUUCAGCACCGCGAUAUUAACAGCGGUAAUGGCUUGGGUACAUCUAUCGACAAGCUUCAGGAUCUCAGAAUCAGGGAUUGUUAUGGAGACGCGGAAGACCUUCCCCAAGCUCAGCCGCCUCGAAAAUCAUACAUGGCUGCGUCUGAUUCCGACCUUACUGACGGUUCUGCGGCGGUGGGAGCUCAAAAUAUUGCAGAGAUGGAAGGCAAAAAGACCGACUCGCCUAUGGGCCCUACUGUUCCAGACAUGGGCUCUUCAGCUCCGCAGAAUUCGUCUCCCGACAUGAUGCAGACUGGUCCAAGCGGCGAUCCGACCCAGAAUCCGAUGCUGGCUGCGGCCUCGUCCGGACAGAAGCGUCUUGUUCGCGCGCAGCUUCAUACCGAUAAGCACCGACGAGCCAGCGUGGUCAACGUUCCGAGUCCCCUGAAGCAAGUCACGUCGGGCAGCCCCCCGACCGUCGAGUCUUCCCUUGAGAACGUCGGACCUCCGCCGUCUUCGACUCUGGAGAGAGUCCCUGGAACCAACUCGACCAUAAGCGUCGACCAAGACCAGGAUCAACUUGGCGAAGCAGCCGCCAGCGUCGUCCCGCUCCCUUCCCCUCGCAGACCCGGCCCCCCUAUCCCUCGCCACCAGAUUUCCUCGCUGAUUCAGGACGAUCCCUUCGUAACCUCUCAGCCCGGACCUCAGACCCUCAAUGCGAACCCUGUCGCCAAUGAACAGUCUGUAUCCAAGGCCGAGAAAGUCGCCAGCCAACUGGCCAACGCACGCGCAGCCGUCCGCCAUGGCUACCGCGGUCCCUUCGACAUUGGCGAUUUCAUCUGUCUGAUCGACCCUUACACCGGCGAGCCGCAGCCCAUCGCCUACAAGGAGCGGACCGAAUAUGGUGAGAUCACCCGCGAUAUCCUCUCCAAGAAGGACAUCCGCAACAUCGAGCCCUCCAACACCGGCAAGGCCAUGUGGGGCAAGAAUGGCGAGUUCAAGGGUUUCGAGGAGUCCCAAUCCGCCGCCUGGAUCUUUGGCCCCGCCUAG